AUGAACUGUUUCUUUGAUUUGAUCCAAGGGUUCGAAAUGGGGAAGCAUAUGAAAAGCGAGAGUUCGAGUCCAAGACAUGGAUAUAACCACAAAUCAGGCUGGUUAGCUGGAAUGCUUCAUAAACUUGAUUUUCACCGUUGGAGAACUAAGAACCGUCCAAUCUGUUGGAAGACUCCACGAACCCAUUCCCUUGUGUAUGAAACUGAUGAACAACAACCUUUUCUUGAUUCUAAGAAUAAAAGUUCAAAGAUUGUUAGUGCAGAAAAGCCAACGAGACAACUGAGGAAGAUGAUGACAACAAAGCAAGUCACUGAUUAUGUUGAUUUUCUUGAAAUCCUGAGGAAAGAAGAUGUUUCUGUCAAGAUACUGAAAGAUCCAAACUCUGAGUAUGGGAAGCAAGUUCAUUUCAAGUCUAGUCCAAGAGUCUUGCCCAAGUCAGGCUCCUUUCCUCUCUCUCGCUCUUCACGUCCCGCUAGGAUUGAGCACAAGCAGAAGGAGAAUUGGUAUGCUCCAAAACGGAAGGCUGCUGUGUUAACUUUAUCUGUUCCAAGUGACACUUAUCAAGAACAUAAACCAAUCUCACCUUCUCGUGGCUCAGCUGAUGAUCAUGGAUUCAAUCAUGUGCUGAUAAGUGGAUUUAGAGAAAUCAAGAAGAUGCUCAAGAACGCUCUUCGAGACCGAAAACAAACCAAGAAUAAUAAGAAGUACUCAUCAGUCUCAAAAAAUGAUUCCGUGGGGAGAUAUCAUCUCUUGGAACAGAGUUUUGGAAGAAAAAGUGGUGACUUGCGUUCCAAGAGCUUAAAACUUUCAUACGAAGAGAAGAAUAGUGAACUGAGAGAUGAUAAUAAACCACAAUUCUUCAGAAGGAUUUCUUCAUUGUCCAGCCUUGAAGUUCUUGGUUCAUUUCUGACCGAACCUCCCCGAGGAAGUUCUACCAGGAAAUCUGUAGACCUAGACACUAACUUGGUCUCCAAGAAAUCUGUAGACCUAGAUACUAACUUGGGCUCCAGGAAAUAUUUAUUGUUAUCAGAAUCUUCGGCAAUAACAGAGAAGAAAGAAGAAAAUCAAAUAGACUCUAGUCUAAAUCAACAAGAUCCAGAUUCAGUUCCAAGUUCUUUGGAUAAUAUUGCACUAAAAACAGAGACUUUACUCUUACAAGGUUUAGGUCUAAGUUCCCUCGAGAGUUACAACCAUAAAGAUGAAGAUGAUGAAGACACAUACUACUGUUACGUAAAGAAGGUUCUAAAACUUUCAGGUUUCCUUGAAAACGUUUACAAUGGAGAAAAAUGGCACUCAGAGGAACAACCACUGAAUCCGUCACUGCUCUACGAAGUCGACAUACAAGAAACAGAAGAAGUGAGCAAAGAGAUUCUCUUUGAUUUAGUUAACGAAGCAAUCACUGAGACUCACAACCAAUCAUACAUCUACUUCCCUAAGACAUUCUCUUUUGCAUAUCCAAAUGAGAAACGUUUUCUUGAUGAGGUCUGGGGAAGAGUCGAGUGGAGCCUUUCAGGGAUAGGAGCUGAGAAUCGAGAUCGCUCGUUGGAUGAUAUCGUGGAAAGAGAUCUUACCAAAGGUGAUGGAUGGAUGAAUCUUAGAGGUGAAACUGAAUGGUUGACUCUUGAGCUAGAAGAUAUGAUUUUUGAUGAAGUUCUAGAUGAAAUGAUUUGUGAUUAUUAGUAGUGUACAUAUGUUGUAAUGUCAUUUAGUAGUGUCUACAUACAUGUAUAUAUAUGGUUGAGUGAUAUAAAUUCAAGAUUUCAUACAGUUUGUGAUAUGUUAUGGGAUGUGCAACUGACUUUGAGAUGAUUAUAGUAAUGGUU